AUGUACGACUACAAGGCUCCCAUCGAGGGCGUUUACCAGCCUCAGCCUCAGCCGCGCUCCUCCUGCAAGGCUACCGCCAUCAAAGUGGCUACCGCGUUUGGUGCCCUGGCCCUCGUCGGUAUCGCCGGCGUCGCCGUCGCCUCCCGCUGCCGCUUUGCUGUUGGUCAUCAAGCUCCUGUGAUCGUCGACGCGGCCGAGUUCCGGGAGCAGCUCCCCGCCGUGCUCCGUCGUGAGAACGCCGACGAGUCCAUCCCCGGCCUCCAGCCCUACGACUACUCCACGCCUGUCGGCCCCGUCGUCGUCAGCAGCGGCUCCGUCGUCUCUGGCGGUGCCGCCGCCCGCGCCACCGGCGAGGAUGAGCUCGGAGCGACUUCCCUGCCCGCCAACGCCAGCGUUCCCACCCUGACCCAGACGCGCCUCAACACUGCCUACCGCGGUGUCCGCAGCAUGGAGGCCAACACCACGCGGACCUCCACCACGACCCUGACCACGACCGUCGUCAUUACUCCCGGGGCGACCACGCGCACCUGCGACUCCAGCCCUGACGAGACCGAGACCGUCACCACGACCGUCACCGUCGUCCCUGAGCCGUCAUACGCUCCCGAAACCUACGGCACUCCCGCCGCCGUCGACGUGACCGUCACCGGCGACCCCGCCACCGUCACCGACGUGCAGACCGACACCUCCUUCACCAGCGGCGCUCCCGACGUCACCGUCUCCGGCACCCCCGUCACCGUCACCGACGUACUCACCGACACCUCCUUCACCAGCGGCGCCCCCGACGCCACCGUCUCCGGCUCGCCCGCCACCGUCACCACCGUCAUCACCAACACGGCCGGCGAGCCCCUGACCACGCUCACCUUCACCAGCGUCAACACCGUCUUCGUCACCGUCACCACCGUCACCCGCACCCGCGGCAGCACCACCAGCGUCGACUUUGACUCCUCCGUCCUCGGCCUGCCGCACUCCUCCGCGACCGACGACGGCGUCGUCACGCACACCGAGACCGUCACCGUCACCGGCGGCCCGCCCGUCACCAGCACCACCACGGUCGUGCUGCCCCCGACGUACGGUAGCGCCGCCGGCGGUGGUCAUCUUACUUCGUACGGGACCGGGGUGCCCAUCAACGCCACGGCCAUGCCGACGUACAUCCCGCCCAUCGUCUCUGCGGGCGCCGCGGAGGGCUGCGGCCGCUCUUGGGCGUACCUCGUCCUGGCCGUCGGGGCUGCCAUGCACCUCUUCUAG